UCUCUCUCUCUCUCUCUCUCUCUCAAUAAAACCCUGCCUGUCUUUACAUUCCAAACCUUCAAAGAACCCAGAUUUCAGUGGAAAGUGCGUCAAAGUAUACUACUUUCAUGGGUUCUCUGUGUUGUUUUCUCUUCUAGUAUGCUGUACAAGUCUCUUAUCUAAUACCCUGAUCACGCUUUAGCAUUUGCUUCCUCUGUUUCCUGUGGAAUUGAAUUUCCAAGAAAUGGCUCCAAACUCAGUCGUAGUUACAAUCGAGAAGCCUGACAGCUCUGAACUAAAGGUUAAUGGCUUGGAUUCAUCUGUGUUUCUUGAGAAACAAAAGGCAGUGAGCACCAAGCAAUUCACAUGGUUUCUUCUUCUCAAAGUUAAUAGAAUAUUUGCUUGCCUUUCAUGGCUGCCAAUGGCAUUCAGGGCCAUGUUUGUUUCACUUAAAAAACGCAUUGCCUUAUCUGACAUGAGUGAUGAAGAGCCCAAAAGCAGAGGAAGGUUGUAUAGAUUCAUCAAAGCUUUUCUUGGUUUGUCAAUUGUAGCUCUGGUCAUUGAAGUCAUUGCCCAUUUCAAAAACUGGAAUUUGAAUCUGAUUCAGCCUUGGGAGGUUCAGGGUGUGGUGCAGUGGUCCUAUAUGACCUGGUCGGCGUUCAGGGUUGACUAUAUUGCUCCUGUGGCUAUAAUUCUCUCUAAAUUCUGCAUUGUACUAUUUCUGAUUCAAUCUCUUGAUCGACUGGUUCUGUGUCUUGGAUGUUUCUGGAUCAAAUACAAGAAGAUAAAGCCCACAGUAGCAGCAGAUGCAUAUGACAUUGAAGAUUCUUCUACUGUCCCAAUGGUCCUUCUACAGAUCCCCAUGUGCAAUGAGAGAGAGGUGUACGAGCAAGCAAUUGAAUCUGCUUGUAAGAUGGAUUGGCCAAGAGACAGACUUUUAAUUCAAGUUUUAGAUGACUCGGAUGAUAGGAAUUUACAGCUUUUAAUCAAAGACGAAGUCUCAACAUGGAACCAGAAAGGUGUCAACAUAAUCUACAGACAUCGGUUGAUCAGAACUGGUUACAAAGCAGGCAACCUUAAAUCAGCCAUGGGUUGUGAUUAUGUCAAAGACUAUGAGUUUGUGGCAAUAUUUGAUGCUGAUUUCCAGCCCAACCCUGAUUUCCUUAAGCUGACCAUUCCUCAUUUCAAGGGAAAUCCUGAAUUGGGACUUGUCCAGGCUCGCUGGUCCUUUGUGAACAAGGAUGAGAACUUACUUACAAGGCUCCAAAACAUCAACUUGUGCUUCCAUUUUGAAGUGGAACAGCAAGUCAAUGGUGCCUUCCUCAAUUUCUUCGGAUUUAAUGGAACUGCAGGAGUUUGGAGAAUUAAGGCUUUGGAAGAAUCAGGAGGCUGGCUAGAGAGAACAACAGUUGAGGAUAUGGACAUUGCCGUUCGAGCACACUUGAAUGGAUGGAAAUUUAUCUUCCUUAAUGAUGUCAGAGUCCUUUGUGAAUUACCUGAGUCUUAUGAAACUUACAAGAAGCAACAGCACCGCUGGCAUUCGGGUCCUAUGCAGCUCUUCAGAUUGUGUCUUCCUGCUAUCUUAACUUCCAAGAUGUCAAUGUGGAAGAAGAGCAACUUGAUAUUUCUUUUCUUUCUUUUGAGGAAGCUGAUUCUUCCCUUUUACUCAUUCACAUUGUUCUGUAUCAUACUUCCAUUGACCAUGUUCUUGCCUGAGGCUGAACUGCCUCUUUGGGUAAUUUGUUAUAUCCCCAUUUUCAUGUCCUUUCUAAACAUUCUUCCAUCCCUAAAAUCUUUCCCUUUCUUGGUUCCAUACCUACUGUUCGAGAACACAAUGUCUGUCACAAAGUUCAAUGCCAUGGUUUCUGGGCUAUUUCAGCUGGGAAGUUCUUAUGAGUGGGUGGUGACGAAGAAGACUGGAAGAUCAUCUGAAUCAGAUUUGUUAGCCCUUGCUGAGAGGGAAUCACUGUCUUCAAAUGAAGAGAAGAUCCUAAGGAGGAACUCUGAGUCUGGUUUGGAAUUGUUAAGUAAACUCAAGGAACAAGAAGUAGCCCCCAUCCCCAAGAAGAAGAAAAAAAAUGGGAUCUACAGGAAGGAGCUUGCGCUUGCUUUUCUGCUACUCACGGCAUCAGCCAGAAGCUUCUUAUCAGCACAUGGAGUUCACUUCUAUUUCUUGCUUUUCCAAGGGCUGUCAUUUCUUGCUGUAGGGUUGGACUUGAUAGGUGAGCAGAUGGGCUAAAACCCUAAAACAAAACAAAAGUGCAAUUUCCCCAUAGUUAUUUUUGACAGCCAUGUUGAACCUUAAGGACAGAUUUGCAGCUCUUGGUGUUCAAAGUUGAAUUCUUUUACAUGUAGAAACAUUUCCCAUUUGUUAGAAAGAAGGUCAUGGGUAAGAUAUAAGAAUUGAGUUAAUUGUACAACGGUAUAUGUCUUCAGUGUAUGAAGUAAUGACAAUCAGUAUAAACAA